GCCGAGCAGCAAAAUACCUUGUCGGACGGGGGUGGGAGAUGAAACGACCCUUGGCUCCAAGAUGGCCGAGCAGGGGCCGGAGCAGGAGCAGGAGGGCUCCCUCGAGGAGCAGCUACAAUCAGAACAAAUUUUGGUUACAGAGGUGCAGGAGCAUUCUGAACUGCCAGUUUCCGCAUCUGAUUCCCCUGGAACUAAAUCCCAAUUCCUCAAAACGGUAUUGUCAAUGGAUGAGGAAUCAGAAUCCUCUCCUCCUGCUCCACCUGUGGAAACCCUUGGAAGUUUACUCACAAAAAGUAAAAUUGAGUUUCCACGUGGUUUGGUCCGCUCACUGGAAACCCUUGUGCAGUCGCAAGAAGGAUCUCAUAAGACUGAAGAGGUGGCACCUCAAGCAGUGGAGCAAUCAGUUGCCCUACCAACAGCUACUACUUCUGAGGAAAUUCUAGAUGAACCCAUGCCGAUGGUGUAUCAAGACCCCUUUGAGGUUUCACUUAGAUACAUGGAGAAGCAUAAUGUUCUGCAGAUUUUUCAGGAGACGAAUAUAAUCAUGCCUGUCUUUCUCAGGAGAUCACUGAAAACCUGGUAUAUGAGAAGCCUGAGAAUCCAUUAGAGUUUAUGUUGAAACAGAUUCAGACUAUGAUUGAAACUAGGAAGCAGCAUCAAGAACAAAAUGAAGAGAUGGAGAACAUAAGGAAGGAGAGCUGAAGAUAAUUCCUCGACAGACUCAUGGGUGCAACAUGUUCCAAAACUGUCCACUUUUUUGCUCUGUCUAUGCAGACUAUACAGUUAUGAACAGUUUCAUGAACAGUUUCAGUGGUAACUGGUUACUUUCACUGUGGGUGCUGCAUUGAAUUGUCUAGGAGGAUGGAAGGUACAUAGUUACAUAGGAGCACAGGUAGCUGCAUGGUUUUUUAGGAAGCAUAGGGUGUCUGAGGCAGUGGAUUCUCUGUGAAUACAGUUGAUCUAAUACAAUGGCAGUGAUCCUAAAACUGUCACCACUGCUGGCUCUAACAGUGAGAGCUCUCCGAAUGUAACAGCUUUGGGUAAUACCAUUAUUGGUGGAUGGGUACAUUUCAUAUUACAAGGUGAAUGUUUCCAUAUAGCAAAUGAACUGUCCCUGCAUAUAGAAAGCUAGGAUUUCAGUGAAAAGUGUUCCAGUGUAGCUUUCUCUCUCUGAUAGCAAUUUGACAUGUGCAAGGAUAGAUUUUUGUUUCUGAUUUUCUGUGUAAGUGCAGUCAGACAUGAGCCACCACUUGCGGUCUGAAGUAGCUUCUGUUGAGAAGCUGUAUCACUGGUUAAUUUCACUUCCAUUUGUGGAUCAGCUAGAAUAUAAGUGACUUUAAGACCAACAUACAAGCCCCUGGCAGGCAAGCAAUAUGGCUUCCUAAAACCUAAUUCAAAAUUCAUUUAAGUGCUUUUAUUGGUUUCAAUUGGUUCAGCAUUACAGUACAGCUACCUAAAUUAAUCUAUUGAAAUGAACAGGACUGGUCAAGUGCAGUUUGUUUACUGAUUUUAAUGGGUCUGCUCUAGGGCUAGGACUAAUACUGGAUUUUUUUCCCAGAGGGACUACUGUAGCUUAAACUGCAGUGCUUCAGUUUAGUUGGGUUAUGAAUUGGGUGUGAUUGCUUUUCAACAUUACUACAGUGGAGCAUAAAUCUGGUUUUAAUUAAGCUAAAAUCUAGUGUUAGAGUCAAAACCUCUCCUUCAUUGAAAAAUUCCUUCUAGAUUCUGAUUGAAUGCAAUUUUGGGGUAUUUUAAAUGAGAACAUAUAUGUCCAACUGCCUGAAAGCUAGCACUCAUAAAUAAAAAUCCACAGUUAUCUUAUUAACUUUGAGAUGUAUUUUGUGGUGCACGUUUCUAAAAGGAAACUGAACUGGUAGUGGGUGAUUACUUCCAUAGUGACCAUGGAAUGGACCACCCUAAUCUGUAAAAUGUUGGGACAAAAGCUAGGGAAAGAGGAGAUUUAUUGGUUCUUUGCCAUAGUUUGACCUUGAAUAGGAAGAAAUUGUCUACAUUUUUCCAGAAAACAGGUUUCCUUAAGUGAUCUUUUAAGGUAUGCCUCAAGACUGGAAUUCAUGAUAUUACUUAACAGAAAACUAGAACUAAAGUUUGUAUGAAAUGAAAUACAUGGAUUAAAUUCAGGGAUGAGGAACUACUUCAAUCCCAGGGGCUGGAUUGCCUUUGGGACUAGAAAACCCCCUGAUUUCAAGGAGAUGAAGCCACAUGCCUCUAAGUCCACAUCCUACCUGAAUGGUCCCAGUUUCUCCAAGCAUAGAGUUCCACAUUCCACUCUGCACAAAGGAAGUGCCUUCAUGUGACUGUUGUUGUCCUACUUGACAGCAAGGGGGUAUAUAUAGGGAAUCUCUGUGUUUUAACUGAUCAGAAAUUGCAUAGAGGUCCACCUUACUCCACUUACUUUCCUACUUUGAAUUUCCAUUUUACCACAAUCAGUAUCUAUUGGAAUUCAGUUAAACCCAAGAAGCAUUUAUUAUAUCUGCUGAUUGGAUUCAUGGUCCAGAAAGCCAUUUAGAAGUUUGUUAGGCUGCAGGAGUGGUUUUGGUUUUUAAAUUUUGAUUUGCGUUUUCCUUUGUGGCAAAAAGAUUUUUCUAUGUCUUUUAGUUUUUUGACCAAAAACAGGUAGAUUAUUUUUUGCUGUAUUUUAAUGGAACUUAAGAAUGAUACUAGUUUCUUAAGCAAUGUUGACUUAUCUUCUGUGGACUUAAUGCAGCCACUGAUCAUGUGCAUAUAAAACCUCUGA